CUGUCAGGCUGCACUAACACAUUCUCCUGUCUGUUCCCGCACCAGCCGUUGGGUGGCGCUGUUUCCCCGCUGACAUGUUGAUGACACGGCUGUGUGGUGGCAGCCAGGCAGGCAGCGUCAGCAGGAGGAGAGGACACACUCCGAUCAACCAGUAAUCACCAUCGUCUCUUUCACACUGCCAUGGUCUCUGCGACCGAGAAAACCCCAGCAGCACUUCCUAUUUUCUCCUUCUAGUGGAACUUUGAAGCCUUUCAAACACAGCCAUGCUGCCGGAGGCUACAACCCCGCGGAUAUAAGCGACACUGAAGACCAGAAAGUAGCUUCCAGCACACGGAAACCACAAAGAAGAACCAGUUGGUGUUUUUUUUUUUUCUUUUUGUCACGCUCGGAGGGAAAGACGGCAUCCGGCCUGAGAAGAAGCUCCGAGGUCGGGGACUCCGGUCGGAGCAACGCUCAUCGUUUCUGGCCUCCCCUUCCUGAGAGCUCCAUGGAGAAGAUGAAGCGGUUUAAGCGACGUCUCUCUCAGACGCUACGAGGUAGCCACACCAUCGACGAGUCGCUGUCUGAGCUGGCUGAGCAGAUGACCAUCGAGGAGAACGGCCUGAAAGACAGUGAGCCCAUAGUGAGGAAUGGACGUCCUCCGUCUGCCCACAGUGUCCACUCGUUCCUACACCAGUACACAGGCUCCUUUAAAAAGCCACCACUGCGACGGCCUCAAAGCGUCAUCGGAGGAGGCCUGGGCUCACUUAUGGUCAUGCCUCGCAACGGCAGUCGGCUCGAUAUCGUCCAUGAGAACCUGAAGAUGGGUUCGGAUGGGGAGAGUGACCAGGCGUCAGGGACUUCCUCUGAUGAGGUGCAGUCUCCCACGGGUGUUUGUCUGAGGAACAGAGGGAACAGGCGCAUCUCUGCAGAGGACCUAAACAAACGUUUGUCCCUGCCAGCCGACAUCCGGAUACCUGACGGUUACCUGGAGAAGCUGCAGCUGAGCAGCCCGCCCUUCGACCAGCCGCUGAGCCGGCGCUCUCGCAGAGCAUCACUGUCAGAAAUUGGAUUUGGGAAGCUGGAGACCUACAUAAAACUGGACAAACUCGGGGAGGGCACAUACGCAACUGUUUUCAAAGGGAGGAGUAAGCUUACGGACAACCUUGUGGCGCUGAAGGAGAUCAGGCUAGAGCACGAGGAGGGGGCGCCAUGCACGGCUAUCAGAGAAGUGUCGUUACUUAAGGACCUGAAACAUGCCAACAUUGUGACGCUGCACGACAUCGUCCACACAGACAAGUCGCUCACACUUGUCUUCGAGUACCUGGACAAAGACCUCAAGCAGUACAUGGACGACUGCGGGAACAUCCUGAGCAUGCAGAAUGUCAAGAUUUUCCUGUACCAGAUCCUGCGAGGUUUAGCGUACUGUCACAGGCGGAAAGUUCUCCACAGAGACCUGAAGCCGCAGAAUCUGCUCAUCAACGACAGAGGAGAACUCAAACUGGCUGACUUUGGCCUGGCAAGGGCCAAAUCUGUGCCCACUAAAACGUACUCUAACGAGGUGGUAACGCUUUGGUAUCGGCCUCCUGACGUGCUGCUGGGCUCCUCCGAGUACUCCACGCAGAUAGACAUGUGGGGUGUGGGCUGUAUAUUCUACGAGAUGGCUGCCGGCAGGCCCCUGUUCCCUGGCUCCACCGUGGAGGACGAGCUGCACCUCAUCUUCAGGCUGCUAGGCACUCCCACAGAAGACAGCUGGCCUGGAAUAUCCUCCAUCGACGAGUUCAAGUCCUACAAGUUCCCCAAGUACAAGGUCCAGCCGCUCAUUAACCAUGCACCCAGGUUGGACACUGAUGGCAUCGACCUGCUGAUGUCAUUCCUAAAAUACGAGUCGAAAAAAAGGAUCGCUGCUGAUGAAGCAAUGAGACAGCCGUACUUCAGGAGCCUGGGGCCACGUGUGCACGCGCUGCCAGAGAACAUAUCCAUAUUCACACUGAAGGAGGUCCAGCUGCAGCGAGAUCCCGGCUACCGGAACUCAUCGUACCCCGAGUCAGGCAACGGAAAGAGCAGAAGACAAAGCAUGCUGUUUUAGAUUCUCUGGACUGUAUUUUUUUUUUUUAUUAUUAUUUGGGAAGGAUCUCCCAGCUGUACAGUCUCGCCGUUGGAUCAGUAACCUGAGAUGGAUGUUGGCGUGGAGCAUCAUCAUCUUCAUCAUCAUCACUCCUCCCAGCUUACUUGGGAAACUUGUGUCCACAGUGCGAUCGACCCCCCCCCCCCGUCGAGGUUUUUGGCCUGAACCUGGCCCAAAAGAGACAUUUAUAUACUGUACAUCUAUAUUUAUUGAGAAGAGAAUUUGCUGCUAAAUACAACUACUGUCUAGAAUUCUAACUGGCUCAGUCACUUUAAUGAGUACAUGCAAUGUGUAUAGAUUUUUAAUUUUUAUUUUGAAGUGGUGGUGUUUUUAGUGAUAUUUUUUGUCAUUAUUUCCAUUUUCAUACAUAGAAAGCUCCACCUCAAAGCUCCUCAGUGUGUGUGUGUGUGUGUGUGUGUGCGUGCGAGUGAGUGAGAGUGUGUGUGUUUGUGUGCGGGCAGACGAGCAGAGGGAUGUUUCUGUAGCAACUCAAAAGUGUCUCUGUUGCCACGGUGCCGUUCUCAGCUGCACCCGUCAUUUGUGACCAUUCACUCUGAAGGUUUUUCGAGGCCAGCUUUGAUAGAACUGAUAAUUUAAUCCUAACCGGAGGAUAAUAUGAGAGCAGUGCUGCCAAGCUCUGUGCAGAAAACAUCACAUUCUUGUCGGAUGCUGGCGUAUCAUUCCAGGAUGCUGCGGUCUCUGUCGUGACCAACGAACAAAUGCAGUUUGAGGGGGGGGCGGGGAGGCAAAGCAGAAUUAUUGACAAGGGCAUUACGGGAUUAGUUACGCCUCCGAAAAUUCUUCAGAAGAUGUUUUAGUAGAGUGAGCAAGCCUCUCAUCAUUUUCCACCUCUGUCUGACAUGUAAUCUCCUGCAGUCAUUUUACAAAGCCGAGGUGAAAAGUGAGUGUUGAAAGCUGCCUUUGUGCGUUACAGAUGUGUUCUCCUUUCUGCCAUUCCCAUCGCCAUCAACUGUAAAAAUGGAUCCUUUUUUUUUUCCUGAUUUGCCUCCAUCGUGUUGCAUGCCCGCUCUCUGUUGUAUGAGGAAGCACACAGCCACUGAACUCCUAAUUCAGGGAGCACUAGCUAUAGUCCUGCCCCUAGUGAAUACUGAGUCUAUUUAACAGUGUUACAAAGAGAUGUUUUGUAUGAUAUUCUUUAACUUUAUUUGUGGAUAAUUGUUAUUGGUGUGGGAUUUCGUUGCAGAUGCCCCUCCCAUAUUUGAGCUUUUUUUUUUCCAGAUUAAAGAAAAUAAAAUCUAAAGUUCAAACAGAUGAAAUCAUA